AUGUCCCCUGCCGUGGGCUUCUAUGUGACGUCGAGAACCAGCUACAGUGGCACCUUUGAGCAUUGCCCCAGCUUUGAAGCUGACGAGGAGUUCCAGGUGCUCCGCUGGAGCAAAGCCGGUUGGUGGUGGGCGCGGCGCUCGCGCGAUGGGCAGCAGGGCUGGGUCUACAGCAGUCAGAUGAAGCCCAAGAUGUGCACGGCGUGCCAUGAGAAGGUGCAAAACCUACCGCCGCCGCAGAUGGAAGAAGAGGCCCUUGAAGCGCCCUUCCCGGAAGUCGAGCCCUGGCCGCCGCUGCCGCCCACAGACGAGGAGGCGGCCGCCGCCGCGGCGGUGUGGCCGCCGCUGCCACCGGGGUCGCCGCCGAAGGCGACCCGAGAGGAGCCCAGUGCACUGGAUGGCGACUAUGCUCAAACUCUGUCUUUUCGUGGUGAUGGCAAAAUUGUCCAGCAGCCACAGCUGAGCGAUCAUGCGCUGAGACAAUGUGAGUACUACUUCAAUUACCAGCAAUGGAUCGAUGGCCAAAACAACUCCACUGCGGGCAAGAAGACGCGUGGUCGGGUCACCGGUGAUGGUGGCUUCAAGCGAAAACGCUAUUCCAUGAAAGUGAACUCCUCCGGGGGACGGGGAAGCGCCUUGGACCUCGGCCAGGCUCGUCUGCGCGUGGAGGGCGAGGAACGCCAAGCGCAGCAGGCGGCCGUACGUGAGGAGCGGCGGCAACGUGUGCAGUCGCUGCGACUGGGAGGUGAUGAGAAAGUCACAAGUGGCACGCUGAUGAAUGUCUCCGCAUUGGAAGAGCAAAGCCGGCUCCAGCAGCAGCUCUUGGACUUGCAGGCGCGCGUCGCUUCUUCGGAGGCGCGGCAGAAGACCACGGAGUCCUGCGAUACCUUCCGCACCGCCACCCUGCCGUUGCUGGCGAAGUUCGGGUUGGAGGAACAGCUGAGUUUCAAGAUUUUGAAGCGCGGAGCACCUCCCCUGGGUGGGGGCGAAGUCAUUUUCAGCUGUCCCAUCACUAAGGGCAUUCAACCCAUCGAGCUGCUCAACGAGGGCAAGGUGAAGCGUGUCCGUGGUGUCGCCUAUACCACCAAAGUCAGCCCGCAGUUUGCCGCUCGUAUGGUGGAUUCGGCACGUGCAGUGCUCAACGAUUUCUUGCCCGACGUGUGGGUUUACACUGACCAUUGCAAGGGUGAAGCCUGUGGGAAUUCGCCGGGCUAUGGUCGGGGAUCCAGAGCUGGAGAUGGACCAUGA